ACUGGGAUGAAUGUGCUUCUCACACCGAGAACGACUGCUCUGUGUUUGCAGAGUGUAUCAGUCUGAUGGGCUCCUACAUGUGCAGAUGCAAGACAACCAUGGAUACCAAUCCAUCCAGACCUGGAAGGAACUGUGAGGGUGAGAUGGUGGAUCCUCUGUCUGAAACAAUGGCUCCUGAAACAAGAAACACUGUCCAAAAGCUUAGUGGCACAGUUCGGAUAACAAACGUGGAAUACUCCCCAGGCUUUAGCAAUACCAGCAGUGAGGAAUAUCAAGCCUUUGCACAGCUCUUUGUUGAUGAGGUACAUAAAUCUCUACCCCUCGAUGUUCUCCAGCAGGUGGAUGCUGGUGUGAUUAAAGUGCUGAUAACGAGUAUUACCAACGGCAGCAGGGUGGUGGGUUUCACUUUGGUGGUUGCAGAGGAUGUGGAUGUCCACUGUGUCAUCACCACUUUUCAGGAUGCUUUGGAACACAGCUCCUACUUCACCGCUGACAGGAGCAGCCUCUCCAUAAAGGAUUAUGAUGAAUGCACCAGCAAAGAGGACGACUGCUCCCCGGAUGCCUCGUGCCGUAACACGCUGGGCUCCUACCAGUGCAGCUGCAAGGAAGGAUUCGUGGAUGUUUAGCCAGAGAGGCCUGGAAGAAGCUGUGAAGCACUUCCUAUCAGCCAGAAGGCAACAGUGACAGAUAAGAAACCAGUGCACAACCAAGUUUUAUCUGUGACGUCUUUGCAAACUUCUUCCCCUGCUUCACUGGACUUCUCUGCUGCUGAGCACAAAGCUGUGGAGGACACCACGUUCUCCGGCAUGGUGCUGCCUCCUCUCACCAAGGAUCCCAUGUCAACUCCUGAUGUUUCCCCUCAAGCAUCUCCAGCCCCCCUUGCCAAACCUGCCCAGGAGGCUUCCAUUAAAGACGCAGUGAGCGUGGUCUGUGGAAUAGAGAAGAUCAUCCUGGCCAUCCAGAAGAGGUUUUUACAGCAGGAGUCCAUCCCAGAAGCCUCCCUGUACCUGGGGGAGCCUCACUGCAACGUGAGCAGGAGCAAUGGCACUCACGCUGUGCUGCAGGCAGGAUGGAGCGACUGCGGCACCGAGGUGGAGACUAACAUGACUAAUACUGUGGUGAAAACCAUCCUUCGGAACGACAUUCCUGCUCAGGGAAUAAUCCACCACUUGAAACUUGCCAGUCCCAUUCACUGGUUCCAAAACUAUGUCUUGGCUUCCUCUGGGUAAGCUGCAGAAGGACUUUACACCAUCUCUGAGGAUUUGCACGGAUCCAGGGGCUUCAGAACAGAAAUGCAGCUGUUUAUUGGGAACUCCCCAAUACCAAAAAACUUCAGUGUCUCUGCCAGUGACGAUGUGCUGAUCGAAGUGGGGAUCCAGAGAGGGGACAGCAAGCUCAAGGUGGUUCUCACUGACUGCUGGGCAACUCCAACCAAUAAUUCAGUGGAUCCCCUCUCAUUUGUUUUCAUCAGCAACAGCUGUCCCAUCCCAAAUACAUACACCACACUGCUAGAGAAUGGGAAUUCAAGCAAAGCCCAGUUUAAGAUGAAAAUUUUUUCCUUUGUCAACAAUUCUGUGGUUUACUUACAGGGCAGAAUUCGCAUCUGUGUGGAGACACCGGGAAGAACCUGCAGGACAGAGCAGAGGGGAGUGGAGAAGGACUACAACCAUAUGGAAGCAGAUGCCACACCACGGUUCGGGUUCCUGAAGGCUGAAGAAGUCGUUGCCACACACAGAACGUCCUGGGGACCCCUGUGUAGAGCAGCUGCACCUGAUUUGAAGAGAGAGAAGGAGGCUGGGAUGGGAGUUGGAUACAUCAUCCUCAUUGCCCUCGCUGUGGUUGGGUUUGUGCUGGGAGUUGUGAGCCUUCUCAUUUUCCAGUACCAGCGAAAGAUGGGAAGGUACAACUUCAGAAUCAAGUCUGACAACUUCAGCUACCAAGUGUUCUACGAUUAGAGAUCCUCAAGUUACCCUGUUGGGAUCAUGUCUCAUCAUACGGAGAACUGAAGCUUGUCUUCACUCAGCAUCUGGCUUUCAUUGCUCUUCUCAGUAGUGGUCUGUUUGUGGUGUUGCAAAAAUGAUUCUUCCAAAUUAAUAUCCUACAUAAAGGGCUUCUAUACCCUCUUUUUUUUUUUUUUUCCCUCUUUUUUUCUUAGCAAUCUGACUCUUCCCUGGUGUCCUAAGAACUAUUAAUGACUACAGCUCCAGCUGCAAGUGAAUUCUGGCAGUUUUUUCCGUGGGAAAAAUAGAGGGGAAAACCCAAAUACCUCAUUAUUAAAAUUCCAAGAUUUGACUCUCUCACUGUGCCACAGCCCUAUGUGCCCCUCUGAGCAUCACUUGUGCCCUUACUAUUGACAAGCUGCAUGUUUCUAUAAAUAUUCCAGGCAGUGAAUCAUCAAACCUGCAGAGAAAUCUCUUUUUUACUUCGUAAUUCAGUGUUUACUUAAGGUGAGGUGGAAACUUUGAGCUGCAACAACGUUAAAGAUCUAAUUGUGCAACGCCUUAAGUAUACAGAGAAUCUGGAGAACAAGCGUUGGAUUUGCCACCAAGUAAGGAAGAGGCACAGUGGAUCUGGGGCUAAACCUGCUCAGAGUGUUCUUCAGCACCCUGAUUUUGGGAUUUGGUCGUAAAUUCUGUAAUCGACAAGGACUCAGUGGAAAAAGAGAAGAGAAAAAAGAAACGAUUUUGCUGCUGGCAGCCCAUGGUUACCCAGAUAAGUCCAUUGGUACCUGCAUAUUCUGUUAA